GUAUGUCAGAUAUAUUGUCUCGGGUAUAUUUAUUCUGUAUAAUAUGGAGUCAGGUUUUAGAACUCAAAGCAAUGUAUUUAUUUUGUUAUUUCAUUUGCUAGCAUUCGGUACUCUUGCUGGAGAUAUCUUAUAUCAACGCUAUAAUGUUGCAACGGUAGGAUCGCAAACCUGGGCUGGUCGGUUGAAAUAUCUAACCUACAUUGAUGAGGUUCUUCAAAGCUUGUAUUUCCUUUUGUCAUUUGUUGCUGAUAUUUAUUUACUGCUGAAGAUUAAGGCAAAUCAGGACAAAUAUUUAGGAAUUGUGAAGCUACAAGACUUCAUGUUUGCUGUGGUUGUGUUACCGCUUGGAAUGCUUGUUUGCUCUGUAUUCUGGUCAAUUUAUGCCAUCGAUAGGGAGUUGAUAUACCCUGAGAUAUUGGACACAAUUAUCCCAAAAUUAUGCAACCAUAUCAUGCAUACAGCUGUGGCCAUAUUCUUGAUACUAGAGACCUUUCUUGUUCGUCAUCGAUUUCCAGACAACACAACAUCAUUGUCAGGAAUCAUGCUGGUUGGUUUGUCUUAUUUUUUCUGGAUGGUAUGGCAGAAAUAUUUUCUAUUGGAGUGGCCUUAUCCAUUUCUUGACGACUUCACUGUGCUGCAUCACUUGGCAUUCAUUCUCAUUUGUUUUGCUUUUCAAUGUUCGUUUUAUUUUCUGGCAAAAUACUGUGUGAAAUUUAGAGAGACAAUGGUCACGUCGUGUUCAGAUGAAAAAUCGAAGAAGAAAAGCAACUGAAAUGAAUCAUGACACACAAGACAAUUUUGAAUUGGAAUUGAACAAUUGAAUAUAUCCUUUUAGUUAGUGCUGGUAUCACUGAUAAGUAACUGUUAGUUAGGACGCGUUAUCUACUAUCAAAAAUACCUAAUAUUCAUCUAAUUCUAGUAUAAAAAUAUGUCAAUAUUUUGAUAAUUUUUUAUAGCAAUUAGGAAAAUAUGAAUAUUGAAA